AUGGGCCACGAUGCGGUAAACAAUGAAUUGCGCAACGUAUUUCGUUGGAACUAUGCCGGCAUUGCCCGUGCCAAUUACAUUAUGGAGUACCGCAAUAAAAUUGAUUUUGACGGAAAGGAUCAAAUUAUUGCUCAAACCCAAUUUUUACGCGCCUUCUACUAUUUUCAGUUGGUAAAAUACUUUGGUGACGUACCGCUUAUUAUUGACCGCAGGCUGGGCGCAGAAGAAGUUACCACGGUUGACCGCACGCCACGCGCAGAAGUGUAUGCCCAAAUUGAAGCCGACCUCCAGGCGGCUGCCGCGGUACUUCCCUGGAACAACCCCGUGAAAGGCCGCGUAGAAAAAGGCGCUGCCCUGGCACUGCUCGGCAAGGUACACCUCUACCAAAAAGAAUAUCAACUGGCGGCCAACGCCCUCGAUCGCGUGAUAAACGAAGGCGGCUUUAGCCUCCUCCCCGAUUAUCAAAACCUUUGGUACGAAGCUUUUGAAGACAAUUCUGAAACCGUUUUUGAUAUUGAAUACUCCAACCUGGAGGGCGGUGGCUACGGCUGUAUAAUUUGCCUGGAGGGAAAUGCUGCUCCCGGUUUUCACGGCAUACGCCAGUACGAAGGUCCCAUUUAUGGGGAUGGCAACAGCUACAACCUGCCUACAGCCGACCUGUACAACUUUUUUGACAACAACGACCCGCGCAAAGACAUCACCGUUUUAGACAUUGAAGCCUUUAAAGCGGCUCAAACCGACCCCUCAAGUGUUUCUUAUGCCACCGGUGCGGGCGGGCAUACCGGAUACUACAACAACAAAUACAUCAAGCGCAAAAGUGAACUGGGCCUGCCCGAUGAUGACCUGACCAGUCCUUUGAACUACAAAGUUAUUCGCUAUGCCGAUGUGCUGCUGAUGGCCGCUGAGGCCCACGCGCAGUUAGGCGCUGAACAGCAAGCCCGCGACUUGGUAAACCUGGUACGCAACCGGGUGGGGAUGGGCGACAUUAUGAGCAGCGGCACGCAGCUUUUAGAUGAUAUUUAUCGGGAAAGAAGGCUAGAGCUUUCUGGCGAAGGCCACCGCUUUUUCGACUUGGUUAGAACGGGCCGCGCGGCUGCGGAAAUAGACAAUUUUGUUGCGGGAAAACACGAGCUGUUUCCCAUUCCUCAGGAGCCAACCAUUGGCAACGCGCCCACGCAGGCCGAUGCAGCAUUUACCUUUCAGGCCACCGCUGCCAGUGACAAUAUCAUUGAGUUUACGGCCAACAACCCGAGCCUUGAUGCCUCCUGGGAUUUUGGCAAUGGCUCAACCGCCAAAGGAAGCAAAGUUCAGGCGGCCUAUCCCUUCGCGGGAACGUAUACCGUUACGCUUACCGUGCAAAAUUCAGGCGGCUCAGCCAGCUCUUCGCAAGACGUGACUAUAGCUAAUGAUGACCCCAGCCUCAUAGACAACCCACUGUUCGGAUUGCUGACGGGAGGCUCGGAGAAAACCUGGGCGAUUGACUCGGUAGGCGAUGCCCACUUUGGCGUAGGCCCUGAUCCCGUGGGUGCCGCGGGCAACUACCCCGAGUGGUAUGCCGCCAAAUCAUUGGAAAAAUCAGGUUCGGGCAUGUAUGACGACCGCUACACUUUUAAACUGAGCGGCUUUGGUUUUGACAUGGUUACCAAUGGUGACGUGUACGUAAACACCGAACAUGCUGGUAUCGCUCCUUUUGACGACACCACCGCCAGCAAUGUAG